AAAAAAUUAAAGUCACCAAACUUAAAUUACUACCUACUUAUCAAAUUAGACAUUUACUAGUUCCAUUUCCAUGCAAUGCAUUUCAUUUCUCAACCAAAAAUAGAAGUCAGUUCAUUGUUAUAAAUAAUAUUUCAUGCAUGGAGGCGUUAUGGAAACUAGAGGAUAAAUUAAAGAUAUCAACACAAAAAGCCUUAGUACUACUAGUUUGCACUUCAAUGUUAGUUAUACUUGUUUCUACCACCAUAAUUCUUGUAAUCCUUAAGAACAAGGCAGCUCAAAGGAAUAGAAUCACAAGCUUUGAUUCCGACGAUGAUGACACCGAGUCGAUGAUUAUGUACGCAAGAUCACGAAGCUCUUCUUCAAAAUGCGGACUGAUGGAUGUGCGGAAUGCUUUGAUGGGCUCGGCGUGUUGGAGCGCGGCACACAAGUGGAGCGACGAUGGUGUUAUGCUAGACAGCCGUCGGAGAUGGAAACAAAGAAAGAUGAUUAUGAUGUUGUCAAGUUGUUUGCAAUGUGCAGGUUGUGCAGGACGCUCAAAGAUGCAAGUUUGGCAUAGGCCAAUAUUAAUGGGCGAGAAGUGUAAGCUUCCAAGAUUUAGUGGUCUUAUUUUGUAUGAUGAGAGAGGUAGGCCACUUCCUCAUCAUCAUAAUGAUCAUUAUUCUACUAGUUCAGCUUCUAAUUACCUGGGAGAAGAGGAGGUUGGCAGUUUGACUAUGCUAUAGAAGACGAGUAAGAAUCAUUCUCGUUUGCGGUAUCAAAGAAAGCGAUUGUCCAAAUCGCCCUACACUUACGGAUUAAAGAGGGCAAAUGGAAGAGAACCAAAACGUUACCCUUUUAGAUCAAAAAGGGUGAUUUUUAAACCAAAGAGGGUAAUUUUUGCACCGAAAAGGGUGAAUAUAGUUGCCAGAGGUGAAUCUAGUAAGGGUCAUGGGUGGCCUAGGACCCAUCAAAACAAUCAGUUUUCUAUUCUUGUUAACGUCACGCAUAAUUUAUAGUAAAUAAAUACAUUAUCUGCUCCUUAUGUUGAUAGAAUC